AUGAAGAAGUUUGAAGCGUUGGUUCAACAACGUUUGGAGUCCAUGAAUUUACCGGAUGCCAAUAGAUGUAUUUUUAACUUCACCAACAAGGAACUCCCUAAAGAAGUAUGCAGAACGUUCAGCCUUGAACCUAACUUUGGAUUGCAGAUUCAGAAUAAGAAGGCUCUCAUCCCACAAGUCAUCAAGGAUUUAGAGCAGUGUGUAGGUGCAGUCAAAGUAGAGGACUGUAGUGAUACUGAUUUGUCUGCAGCUAAGGAAAAUUUAAGAGCAAGAAGCAUUAACAUUGUGUCUAAUUUUUGCAAAAUUAAUGCACUGACCUGGUGGUAUCAAAAUCAGAUAAAGGGAACUCUACGGUUUAGAGAAGAGUACGAGUGGGAGAUGGGUGUUCUGAUUAAUGACAAAGCAACUUACCAACCGUUACAUCGAGAUCCAACUCUCAAAUUCCAAAAAAGGGCCAAUGAUUUGGUGGCGGAUUUGUCAUCUACGGGUAUUAUUGACGAAGCUGAAGCGAAAAUUCUUCAGUCGAACUACACUCUAGCACCACGGAUUUACGGCCUGCGUAAGAUAUAUAAGCCAACGUGUAAAUUGCGUCCGGUUGUUAGUUGUGUACAAUCUCCUAGUUACAAGUUGUCUCGAUUUGUACAUGAAAUUUUGACACCAGUAGUUAAAACAUUUAGAUUUAAUUUGCAAAUUCGUUCCAAUUUUAAAACUGUCGAGUUAGAGAAUGACUAUAGAUUAAUAUCACUUGCCGUGGUUUCGUUAUUCACAAAUAUCCGCAAGGAUUUAGUUUUGAAAGUGAUUAACGAGACGUGGGAUAAUAUUAAACAUUUAGUUAAAGUACCGAAAGAUAAGUUGAUUAAGUUGGUUGAAAUUUGUUUUGAAACGAGCUAUUUCAGUUUUAGGGGAACAUUGUACGGUCAGGUAGAGGGUUGCAGUAUGGGGAAUCUGGCUAGCCCGGUGCUAGCCAACUUAGUGAUGAAUUACAAAAUUGAGGCAUUGUUACGGAAUAAUGGUUAUCCAAAGUCGUUAAUUCUUGCGUCGGUAAAUAAAUUUAAGGAAAAGACUGUGAACCAAAGAGUCGUUGGUGAGAGGAGGUCGAAUUUUAUUAAAUAUUGCCGGUUUCCUUUCAUUCCGGGGUUGUCACACAAGAUCAAUAAUUGUUUCAUAGGCACGAAUGUCAGGUUAGCUUAUUAUAAUGUCACUAAGAUUAAGUUCUUAUAUUCUAAGCUGAAAGAUCCAGUACUCCAGGAUCAGAGAGCAGGUGUCGUGUACAAAAUUCCAUGCUCGUGUGAGCUAUGUUACAUUGGACAAACCAAACAAUAUUCGAAAAAUAGAAUUCAGCAACAUGAAAACAGUUGUCCGGAUGUAAAGAUCUUGGAUAACAAUAAAACGGCGUUGGCUUUGCAUUAUUUCGACUCGGGUCAUAGGUUUAAGUUUGAUGAGGUUAAAAUCUUGGACUUAGAAAACAACUGGCACAAAAGGUCUGUGAGUGAGAUGGUGUGGAUUAAGCUUAAUGAUACGGUCAACAAGCGUACGGAUACCCAAAACCUGAGUACAAUAUAUGUAUGUAGGGCAUUCCAUGCCAGAUCGACCACUUUUGACACCGACACUUUUCGAUUUUUCUGA